AUGCACUGGGACUUCGGAAUCGAUACCGAGGGCCUCCUGACCAGUUACCUGGGUGAUACCGAUGAGAUGCCUGGAUUAUCGGCUAUAACUCUUGGUCUUGGAGCCUUGUCCAACCUAUCCUUGAGUCACGUCAAUCAUCUGGCAAUAGAUGCAGCCCUCGUUCAAUGCCCAAGCCUGAAGUCGUUGACCACUCAUAUAUUCGGUGACGCGGAACUCCCCCGGACGUUACCGCCAUAUGUUCCUUCAAGCGGGGUUAGAAGAACUACACCUACUCGGUAUUUCCAUCCCACCCCAUACUUCGCUGAAUCUGUACGCCUCUCAGCACUCCAAAUCGACAUGCACAUUUUCGAGGCGCCUACGGUGGCUCAUUUCAGCAAGUGGCCUCGCAUGACUUUACCUACCCCAGGCGACCGACUUCCAAAUGUUGUCAACAUCCCUAGCGAUACUACGCAAUUCUGGGGCAUUGAAGCGUAUCAGGAUUGA